AUGAAGCCCUCAAUCCAAGCUCGUAUGGCGCAGAACGUGGAGGAGCUCUCGCAGGAGUUCAAGUUCGUCCAGCUGAUGAUGCAGCAGAUGCUGGACAAGAUGAACGGGUUAGAAGCUUGGAGGACGAUCGUCAUCGCGUCGCUGGGGUCGCUGCUCACCAAGACGACGGAGGCGUUGGAAAGCUUGAGACAAACAGGCUCAAUAGCAGAGUAUCAGACCAAGUUUGAUCAGUUGGCUCAUAGUAUAUUGCUCUAUAAUCAAUCUUAUGACGAUGUGUUCUUUGUGACCCGGUUCUUGGGAGGACUUAAGGAGGAGAUUCGAGCCCCACUUAUUCUAUAUCGACCCCCAAAUCUAGAAGUGGCUGGCACUUUAGCUCAUUUGCAGGAAGCAGAAUUGGAAGCAAGCAAAAGCAAAGCACAGCCGAGAUCUGAAUUCAGGGACUCAUACAAAGGGCCAGUCAGAGGCAAUGCUAGAAUGGAUAAGAGUAAGUUCAGAAAAGAGGAGCCUAAGCAUGUUGAUACACCGAACUCAGCUUCAUCAGACAAGUUGUCAGCUCUGAAAGCUUACCGAAGAGCUAACAAUCUUUGUUUCACUUGUGGUGAAAAAUGGACUAGCAGAAAGCACAAAUGCCCAACUCAGAUUCCCUUGCAUGUUAUCCAGGAGUUACUAGAGGCAGUUCAAGUUGAUCCUGAGCCAGUUUAUGACUCCUCUGAAGAGGAUACUGAACCAAACCCUGGUCAGGUUGUCAUGGCAGUUAAGCAGUCUGUCAGUUCUGGGAUCCCUAAGAAGAAUAGAACCUUGAGGCUGAGAGGGUUUAUUGGCAACAAGGAGGUGCUCAUUCUAUUAGAUUCUGGGAGUGCAGGGACUUUUGUCAGUCAGGAACUGGCAGCUCAGAUUCAGCAAGAGCAGAAACCUUUUCUAACCAUUACUUUUCACAUCUGCUGA